UGAGGAUGACAGCGGGGUGGAGUACUUCCUGCUGUUUGCUGGCAGCACCCAGAGACACCUCACCAGCACCCUGAGGAGCAGCCAUGACACCCUGCAGGCUCUAUGCCCGGGUGAGCACGGCAGGCCGUGCCAAUGGCCUGGAGGGGGCACUGCUCCUGGAUGAGUGUCAUGUUCCCCUGCAAGAGUGUGAGCGUCUGGAUGAGAGCCUGGCGCUGGCCCUUCGCCACCUAAAGCUUCCCCCGGAAUGGAGCCUACUGGGAAAGAAACUCGCUAACAGCACAGAGGUGGAGCCUCAGGAAACUCUGUUGCACUUUGCUGCCCGUCGCGGCCUCAGGAGGGUGGCCGACUUCCUGCUGCAGCAGUCUGGAGCUCUAGAAGCCCUGCGAUUGGCCAACAAACAAGGCCACACCCCUGCCAGCAUCGCAGAGGAGCGAGGACACACAGAACUUCACCAGCUCCUCACACAGGCUGAGGCAGACACAGAGACAGAGAGAGGGACAUUGACCAUCCAGCCUUUCACUACAUAUGCCAGGGUGGUCUGCCACCUCCCGAAACUGAAAACACACACAUUGACGGUGGGCGCGCACCCCGGGCAUGAACCACCUACUCUCCAGAGGAGCGUGGAACAGCUCCGCCACUUGAUCUGCCAUCUCCAUGCCAAGGGUGUUCCCUCACUAGAUCUGCAGUCUGAGUCACUACACACAGCCCCAGAAUGCAGUGAAGGUGUAGAAACAGAGACGGCCUGUUCAGAAAGACUACAGCAUUGGUCAAGCACACAGAUCCAGGGGUGUGAGGAGGAACACAGCCCAGAAGGAAGCAGCAGUAGCACUGUUGAAGUGGGACAACCGGGGAAUGCAGAGAUAAGAGGUUGUUCUCCUUUCAGUCUUCAGACAUCCGAGCAACCAGAAGAUGAUGACUUCAGAUUACACCACAGUCCAAACACUGACAGAGAUUACUGCGAGACAAGGGAGGAACGCAGGGAGGAGGGAGCAUGGGAGGGGAGGACGGAGCUGCUGGUUGCUUUCGAUCGGAGUGUGAGUCUGUGUGACGGGGCUAGCGGGACACGGGGGGAGACAGAAGGGAAGAGUCCAGAGGUAGGAACCCCCCUACCUCCAGCUAAAGGUAAACAGACAGCGGAAACUGAUAAAGAAGAGUCUCUAAUCUGUCAAUGGCUGGGGCCCCCAGAAAGGACAGAUAGAUUCAGCCGAGAAGGCGAGGAGAGCCUAGCAGUGGGAGAAGAGGAGAGUGGCUCAGGGUGCAGAAAUCCAACAGUGUUCAGCAGAGACGAGCCAGUUUCCAACAUGGGCAACGUGCAGUUGUCGGAGAACUCUGAGGUGCUGGACACAUCUGACUCUGAUAUGGAGAAAUGCUCCCAGGAUGGGGAAAGUGUACAGAGGGAGGAGGAGGAGGUGCAAAGCAAACAGGAUCCCUGUGGCAACCUUGGCUUUACUGGGGAGGAACAAGAGAGCAAAGGGUUGAUAGACCCCACCUCCUCUAAACUGAAUCUUUCCAACUCCUAUCCAACAGGCUGCGGUGACGUAAGGCUGGAGGUGAUGUCAGAAUCUGUAGGGCCGCGUCCCACGAUUGAGGGCCUCGGUGAGGGGGAAUAUUCAUCAGACAUAAACAAAAUUGAACAAAACCAGGAAACAGCUGGUAGGGAUUAUCCUUCAGAAGAACAGUGUAACUUGGCUGAUAAUCACAGCCAUGUAGCUCCAGAUUCUGGAGGCCAUUCUGAGGAUUAUUCAGAGAAGCAAGAAGACACUGGAGUAUCAAGUGGUAUAGGACUAGAUGUUGCAGAGUCAGCUGAUGUAGAUGAGCAGGCUGAAGUACCCAGAGCUGAUAUAGAAAGCACCAGUUUGCCUUUAAAUGAACCUGACAAACUUGAACAAACAUGCAUAGAUAAUACAGUUGAUUUGCAAACUGCAGGUAACUCUAUAGAGAGUACAGGGGCAGACACAGUCAGUUUUGAGCCAACUGAGAUGAUGUCCAGCUUGGGGAAUGGACACACCGAGCUAGAUCCAGGGAUGACCCAGCAGGAUGUGGUUCAAACCAAAAAAGGGGAAGUGGAUUUGGUUGGGAUCCAAUCAGCCAAAACAACUGGCACAGGGCCUAAUGAAAGCAAUGCCACUUUGAUGCCUGAGGAGUCGGGGCUACCUUUGGAGCAGAGCGUAGAUGUUCUGAUAGUAACGGACAGUGGAGAGGCCUGCCUGACCCCCCCUGACACUGAGCCUGAAUCACAACCGUCACCCAGCCUUGGUACAAUGGAAGCGUUGAGCCCUGAGGGGACAGGAAAGAGGCUUUCUUCGGAUUCUUCUGUAGGAGGUCUGUCAUUAGAGACUCUUUUUGCGGAGAGUGAGGGUGCUCAAGUCAUGGAGACCGUGGAGGAGUAUUUAGGGUGA